CUAAAUGAACUUGAACAGCACUGGGAUGAUUUUAACGGAGUGAGACACUGCUGUCAAGGGAGAUCUACAAGAAAGCAGGUCCACGUAUCUGGUUAAGGACGACUGAAGCAGCAACCUGGAAUCUUCUAACCUGCGUUUCGAACCCCUGAACUGAAUUGAACUUCAAAAAUGGAUGGAAUAGACACCUUGCAGAGUUCGGCCCCAGAGACCAAGGCUGAGCGGAUUGCUCGAUACAAGGCAGAGAGGAGGAGGGAGCUCGCCGAGCGCUAUGGCAACACAGACGAAUUCACCUCCAAAUACGUCCGUAGGGACAGGAAAAUUGGAGAUACGUCCGAAACGGUGUCUUCAGAACCCAAAGAGAAGGAAAAAUAUGAGGAUAAUGGAUCAGAGCAAACUUAUACCAGGAGGGGCUUCAGGAACAAAGUAGUAGAACCUGUGGAGGAGCAGACUCACCAUGAGCCCGCUGACCUCAAAUCAGACACUAUUCUAUCCUCCAAAUCCGAAGCCGUCUCCUCCGUAAAGGUGUCCUCUCAUCUGAGUCUGCUGGAAACCGAUACUACAGAGGAGCCAAAGGUUGACGAGAAGCCUGUGGACUCAGCCAAGAGGACUUCCAAGAUGUCUCUUUUUAAGGACCAGGAGGGGUCUGAGGAUGGAAGCAGUGGCCGACGGGCCGACGACAGGGUGAAGAGUCAGCUGAUGAGCAGCGACGAAGAGGAGUCCUCCACCAGCCCUCCCAAAACUGAAAGCAAGUUAAUGGAAGAGAAGGAAGCCAUAGACGAGCCUGCGUGGAAGGAGCAGCAUGAAAAUGCUUCCACUGUGGAAGAAAAGCCUUCCAGUCUCCUCUCCGACAGAGCUCUCCCCCUCAGCAAGAACAGAGACUCGUCCCCCCCCUCUCCUCCCUGCCAGCUCGCCUCGCUGCAGCGCCAAGACUCUGGGUCUCGUGGCAUCAAGGGAAUCCUAAAGAAAAGCCGAUCCACAAGCAUGGAGUCGGACCACAGCGAGGGCUCGGCGCCGGAUUGCGCCACAGCCCGACAAACCAGUGUCACCCUCAGCCACCCCGAGAGCGAGGAGGAGGAGGAGGAGGAGGAGGAGGAGAAGGAGGAGGAGGAGAAAGAAGAAGAGGAGGAGGAGGAGGAGGAGGAGAUUGAGGAGGAGGAGGAGGAGAUUGAGGAAGAGGAGAUUGAGGAAGAGGUCAAUGGGGAAAACGACAGAGAGGAUGAGUCAUUGACAGAUGACAUCACAGAUGCAGGGUGCUUCAGCAUCGACAGACAGCAGGAAGAGGGAAGCAGCAGUGGAGGGAGCUUUGAGGAGAUGCGGAGUCCCUCGCCUGACGAGAGCCUGGAGAAAACAUCCACAGUGUCGGAGGAUGUGGAGGACCUCGAGAGCAGUUUGGAUGGAAGCCAGGGCUCCUCACUCAAACAGAGACUGGCGGAGUUCAGUAGUGAAGGGGAGAAGAAGGAUAGACUGAAGAAGUCCAAACCAUCCGAGUCGAUCCGCACGUCACUGGCCGGCUUCGGCCAGCUCCAAGAUGCUGAAAAUGCCUGGCAGAAAAAGAAAUCCAAUGUAGAUUUGGGGCCUAAGAUGUCACUGGCAGACCGGAUGAAGGUGCUUAAAGACAAGGAGGAGCAGUGGAAGAGCAGAGGCAAAGGAGCAGCCAACGACUCGGUCCAGUUCACUGUGGCUGGGCGCAUGGCCAAGAAAGGUCUUGUGACAGACACCGGAAAGGAAGAGUUACCUCCUAUCUCCCUCAAGAAGUCUAAUGCCACGCCUGUGAAGCCACUUGAAGAAAUAUCCAGUAGAACUGAUGUCAAGGUGGAAGGAGAUAAAAGGCUCGACAAGCUCGAGUCUUUCCUCGACAAGCUCCACAACAAAGGUGUGAGCAAAAGCAGGACUUCCACCGUGGAGGUGACGGCAGAGACGGAAAAAGAAGUGAUGACCUUGGAUGAUGAUGAGACGUUUGGCAAUUUCUACAAAUCUAUGUCACCAUCCACACUCCAUGACUCCAGUUUGGUUUUGACGGAGGAGGACUUUAGCCUGAUUCAGGCCGACUCACCAAAACUCACCUCAGCUGUAGCAGAACACAAGCGAGCAGUACGACCAAACAGAAGGAACCAGGGCUCCAGGAAUCCUCUUCGGGCUCUGGCCGCCCGCAACGACAUCCGCCAGGUCUACACUGAGCAGAGGCUUAACGUGGCCUCACUGGAGACCAAGAGGAUCCAAGUGGAGAGGAUGGCAAAACACUCCAAAACAAACCUGGCUGAUGUGGCGUUGGCCGGCCUCGCAAGCAAGGAGAACUUCCGCAAGGUCAACCUGCGCAGCGUGAAAUCCACCGAUGUUGUGACCAACAACAGCACGCUGCCUUUCAACAAGCUCAUGCUCAUUCGCAUCAAAGGUCGGAGGCACGUCCAGGUGCGCCUGGUGGAGCCAACAGCCCACUCUUUAAACAGCGGCGACUGCUUCCUCCUCAUAACACCGAAGCACUGCUAUAUGUGGAGCGGAGAGUUUGCCAACGUGAUCGAGAAAGCGAAGGCGUCGGAGAUGGCAGCGUAUGUCCAGGCCAAGAGGGACCUCGGCUGUAAGGCCUCCCAGGUGACGGUGCUGGAGGAGGGCAUCAACACUGACAGCAGAUGGGCCAAAGAGUUCUGGAGCCUGCUGGGAGAAACCCAGUACAGAGGGGCCGGGGAGCCAGAGGAGGAUGAACUGUAUGAAUGCGGUGUCUUGGACUCUAAUGGGGUGUACAGACUCCACGGAGAGAAACUGGUGCCUCAUGAAGAAGCCUGGGCCUCCAUUCCAAGUGUCACCUUGCUCGACUCUAAAGAGGUCUUAGUGUUUGACUUUGGCGGCGAAGUGUACGUAUGGCACGGGAAAGACGUGCCUCUGGGUGACAGAAAAGUUGCAGUGAAACUGGGCAAACAGCUUUACAGCGGCAGCUUCGACUACAGCAGCUGCAGGGUCAACCCUCUAGAUGCCUCCUUCGCAAAUUCGGAUGUGCCUCAGCAGGGGGAAGGUCGUCCGAGCUGGACUCUGUUUGGCCGGCUGUCAGAGCACAAUGAGACCGCCCUGUUCAGAGAGAAGUUCCUGGAUUGGGCCGAGAGGAAGAAGGAGGAAGCGGCACAAGCAGAUGAAAUCAAGAGCCCAGUCCACUCCAUUGAACGCCCCUCACUGGACUUGGAACUGCAGCCGUGUGACGCCAAGGCCCUGCUUAACAACGAGCCGCAGCCCGUGAAGACGGCUCUGGAGGGCGUGAACGUCCAGCGGGGCCACGGCCUGGUGAGGGCGGAUGACGGGCGGCAGGCGGAGCUGGCUACGGUCGCUGUAGACGCCUGGCACAUCAAAGAGCACGGGGAGGAGGAGCUGCCUGUUGAGAGCGUGGGCCAACUGCACGAGUGUGACACCUACAUCAUCCGCUGGAAGUACUCCAUCACCACACUGGUGGGUAAGCGACAGAAACCCGGGGAGCUAAGUGCCGGUGCUCCGGGGAGAGAGAGGACUGCCUGUUUUUUCUGGCAAGGCAGACACUCCAGCAUCAGCGAGAAAGGAACAUCUGCUUUGAUGACAGUGGAGCUGGGCAGCCACAGGGGGUCACAAGUGUUGGUCAGUGAGGGAAAAGAGCCUCCGUGCUUCCUGCAGCUCUUCCAGGGAGGUUUGAUCAUCCACAAGGGCAGUAGAGAAGAUAAUGCCAACCACACAGCUGGCUGGCGGUUGUUCUGUGUCCGUGGUGAGGCAGAGGUGGAGGCCUCACUGGUGGAGGUAGAUUGCCAGCAUGCCAGUCUGCGCUCUCGAGCUAGCCUGGUGCUUCUUAAUGCUCAGAAUGGCGUUCUCUACUUGUGGCACGGCUGUAAAGCACAUGCGGGGGCCAGGCAGGUGUCAAAAAGAGCUGCGGACAAAAUAACCCAGAGGUAUCCCUCAGAGUUGGGUCUGAGCAGCACCAGCAGCUUGAAUGUUGAGGAGGUGGAGGAAGGAUCUGAACCCGCGGAGUUCAAAAAGGCUCUGGGCCCGCAGGAAAAGAAGGCCUACGACUGUAUGCUGCAAGAUCCAGGGAAGUACAACUUCACACCGCGGCUGUUCCGGCUGAGCGCCAGCUCCGGGGUGUUCGAAGGGGAGGAGCGGCUGUAUCCAGCCAGAGUGACGGAGGGAGUCAUGGCGAUGCCCUUCCUGCAGGAGAACCUCUACUCCGCACAUCAGCCAGCCCUGUUCCUGCUGGAUAACCGUAUGGAGGUGUACCUGUGGCAGGGCUGGCAGCCUGACGACACAGAGUGCACCGGCUCUGCAAAGAUCCGCUGGAACAGCGAGAGGAAGUGUGCCAUGGAGACUGUGCUGCAGUACUGCAAAGAGAAGAACCCUCGGCGCCCCCCUCUGGCAUAUCUGGUCCUAGCAGGUUGUGAACCUCUCACCUUCACCAACAUCUUCCCAUACUGGGAGAAGGACACCAGUAUCACUUCAAAGACGGAGAGCCCCAAGAACAAGGUGAUGUUAGUAAAGGAUGCACUGUCUCAGCUCAGUAAGCAGCAGUACUCCAUCGAGGAGCUGACCAGCAAAUCGCUACCAGAGGGAGUGGACCCUCUACGGCUGGAGGAUUACCUGUCCGACCCGGACUUCAAGACACUUCUGGAGAUGAGUCGAGUUGAGUUCAACGCACUGCCAAACUGGAAGCAAAAGAAUCUGAAGAAAAGCAAGGGCCUGUUUUAAAAAACACAUCUUUUUGUACACAAAUCUGCCUGUUUUUUUUUUUUUUUUUGUUCUCAGCAGCUUUUCUUACAUUUGAGAGAAAAUGAUGUCCUCAUUUUGUAAAGUAUAAGAUCAGCAAAUAUACAAUUUUGUUGAAAUAUUGAUCUAUUUUGAAUAACUUCCAAAACAAAUUGCCAAUCAUUAUGUGCAAUUGCUAAUCUUUUUGAUAGCAAGAUGUUUUCCUUGUAUGGUAAAAAAUAGUUACCCUUGCAUUAUAAAUAUGUAAUAUACUAUUAAUGAAUGUGUUUUUAUGUAUGACACCAUACUGUGUCAAUUUUCAUGUGAAACUGCGUUUGUAUGAGAAUUGCCUGUGGUGUUAAAACUGAGGGAGUAGUUCAUUGAUUUUUAUAUUUCAUGGGAAAAGAAAGCUCUGUGUAAUGGGAUUUAAUCCUUCAGCAAAAAUAUUGACAA